AUGAUGGUCACUGUCGGCUUGUGUGUGGCGUGUUGCACACUGCUGGGUGUCUCCUCGGCAGCCCACCAGCGGCAGCAGUCCUUGGCGCCCGACGAGAGUGACGGGCGUUGCAAGGUGCGACGAGGGCCGGGCGCCGACACCCAACGCGCCAUCCCGCCAAUGUACGCCACACAGCCACUCAGCCGAUCAGCGAAUGAGACAGACAGACAGACAGACAACCACUCUGUGUCUCUCCCUGUUUCUCUGUGUGUGUGUGAUUGCAUAGUUACACUGACGACACGGAGCCGCUGCUGCCGUCGGGUGGCCAUCAGAUCAACGCGACGGAGGGCCGCGUGACGGCCUCGGCGGCCUCUUCCUGCCCCAGCCCCUUCACACACCCGGCCGACUGCAACCGACAGGGACUCCAGUACUCAUGGUCAGACACACACACACACAGACAUCCCACGAUGGAUGGAUGGAUGUGUGUGUGUGCAGGGUGUGUGACCCGGAUCACUUGCUGAGUUACCAGGCAGCCGACUCACUCGAGCGCAAACUCAUGUCGAUCCGCACAACCGCACAGCACACGUGCCAACACGACAACAGCAAGAAACACACACGGCCGUUCCACAUCGCCGUAACCAACCCCACACACACACAGCGUGACACUCUCAUGUCUCUCUGUGUGUCUCCCUGUCUUUGUGUGUGUGUGUGUCAGGUUGUGUUGGCGUCGUCUGUCGACCCGCCGGCCGAUUUGCCGUCGGCCCGUCUCGUCCGCUUCGCGUCGGUGUUGGCGCAUCGCUAUGGACUGGGCAACAGCGGCUGCGGGGACGGCAUUGUGUUGGCCUUCGCCAGGCGGCCCACUCCCAUGGCCGUCGUGGCAGCCAAACCGGAGGCAGCCAAGUACAUCACACCCGUAUUCGCACAACGACUCAACGACAAGAGCAAAGUCAGCAAUGACUCACACAGAGAGAGAGACAGAGAGAUGUGUGUUUUGUGUCUUCAGCGGCUGUUCGCUCCGUCUGCGUCGGUGCCGAUUGGCGAAGGGCUGGAGACGCUGCUGGACGACAUAGCGGCUGUGCUGCCGUCGGUGGCUCGUCGUGGGAUGCCUGUGUGGCUGGUGAUCGUGCUGACAUUCCUUGGGGCGCUGCUGGUCUGUCUGCUCGUGGCCGUCUGUCUGAGCAACAUCCAAAUCCAACGCACGCUGCCUUUCCUCAAAAUGCCCUUCGGCGGACGAAGCGACAUUCCGGUCAGCUACACACUUUGGGAUGAGUGAGGUGGCAGGUGUCUGUCUGUCUGUCUGUCUGUGUGGUGGUUCAGUCGUCCGUCGAGCCGAGCGAGUGAACGUC